AACCUCGUCAGAGUGAGACCUCCUGGUCCUCUGUUCUCUGACAGAGUGAGACCUCUUGCUCCUGGUUCUCCGUUCUCUGGUUCUCUGUCAGCUGUUCUCUGAGAGGAACGGGAGACAUUUUGAGGUUCUGGUUCCGGUCCUUUAACCGAGAGUCAGCCUGAGUUACCGGCAUAGCUGCUGGAGAAACGAGUCUCCGAACCUGAGCCGUUAAAAGUCCGUUAAACACAGAAGAGAGACGAUCUAACGGAACAGUUGUAGUUUAACCGGCAGCUAGCUGUUAGCUGUUAGCUGUUAGCUGUUAGCUUAGCCUCCUGCAGCUAGCAGAGUGCUAGAUGCUAGUGAGUUAGCCUCAGCUAGCCGGCCUCCUCUUCCUCUUCCUCCUCUUCCUCCUCUUCAGCCGGUUCAUCACCGCAGACACGAUGGCGUUAAAACGGAUCACCAAGGAGCUAACCGAUCUGUCCAGAGAUCCUCCGGCUCAGUGCUCUGCUGGACCGGUCGGUGAAGACAUGUUUCAUUGGCAAGCUACUAUUAUGGGGCCUCCUGACAGUCCCUAUCAGGGCGGAGUAUUUUUCCUGACUAUUCAUUUCCCUACAGAUUAUCCCUUCAAACCACCCAAGGUCGCCUUCACAACAAGAAUUUAUCACCCAAAUAUUAACAGUAACGGCAGCAUCUGCUUGGAUAUAUUGAGAUCACAGUGGUCUCCUGCAUUAACUAUCUCUAAAGUCCUUUUGUCCAUUUGUUCUCUGUUAUGUGACCCGAACCCCGACGACCCGCUAGUGCCAGAGAUCGCCCGCAUCUACAAAACAGACCCCGUUAAGUAUAGCAGACUAGCCAGGGAGUGGACAGAGAAGUAUGCCAUGCUGUGAGAGGGUACAACAAGACGGCUCAGGACUGGACUCAGAAAUACGCCAUGUGACCCCUCUUCUUCCUCCUCUUCCUCCUCUUCUUCUUCUCACUGCUGGAAUAAACUGUUUGAUUUUCUCAUGUGGCCACGCCCCCUCCCUCUCAUCAGCCAAUAACAGCAAUUUGUUCAUUAUUUCCUUUUUGUCCUAAACGCUUUUAAAUUCUGGAUUUAUUUUCUCUGCUUUUCAAAAUAAGAUGAAAGAAUGAAGCAGGUGAAGGGCUGAGGACUCUGAGCUGUGAAUGUGCCAACUGCAAAACAAAAAAACCCACAGAGCAGAGUGGACUGAAGAGAGAACUGUUACAGUAAAUAAGAUAAUAAUAAUAAUAAUAAUUUAAUGCAUGUCAGUGAUUGGUUCAUGUGCUGCUGAGAUAUUAAAAGAUAAAAGUUUUGGUUUUAUUCUGUUUUUGUUUAGUUGUUUUUAGACGAGAGAGCUGUUAGUUCAUCCAUCAUCCGACACUGUUCUCCUCUUUUUGCACUGAAGAUGAAACUCAAAGCUCUCAACGGCUGAUUGAUCAACUAAUAGCUCUGUGAUGGAUUCUUUUUCUCAAUAAAGUUGAACAAAUUGCA